CAGGGACCGGGACCGGGACCGGGACCGAGACCGGGACCGGGGGGGGGGGGGGCCGCGCUGGCCGGCGGCUCCGCGGUACCGACAGCGCGGGGGGGAGGCGGGGGGGGGGGGAGCGGCCGGUCCUGCCCCGCCCUGCCCCGCCCUGCCCCGCCCCGCCCCGCCCCGCCCGCAGCACCCUGAGCACGGCGCGGCCAUGGGCCGGGGGCGGCCGGGGGUCCCGGGGGGCUGAGGGCGGCGGGGAGCGGGGGGGCCCGGCGGCGGCAGGAUGAGGGCGGGCUCGGAGGGCAGCGGGGAGGGCGAGGGGCUCUCCAGCCUGCGGGCCUUCGCCCACAGCUCCUCGCUGCACGGCAUCAGCCACGUCUUCGCCUACGGGGCCGUGUCGCUGCGCCGCGUGCUGUGGGGAGCCUUCUUCCUGGGCUCGCUGGGGCUGCUGCUGCUGGUCUGCGCCGAGCGCGUCGCCUACUUCCUCACCUACCCCCACGUCACCAAGCUGGACGAGGUGGCCGCCCACAACCUCACCUUCCCGGCCAUCACCAUCUGCAACCUCAACGAGUUCCGCUUCUCCAAGAUCACCCGCAACGACAUGUACCACGUCGGCGAGCUGCUGGCGCUGCUCAACGACCGCUACGAGAUCAGCAACCCGCAGCUGGCCGAGCCCCACGUCCUGGCCGCCCUGCGCGACAAGGCCAACUUCAAGAACUUCAAGGCCAAGCCCUUCAGCAUGGCCGAGUUCUACAACCGCACCGGCCACGACCUGGCCGACAUGCUGCUGCAGUGCUCCUUCCGCGGCGCCAACUGCACCGCCCGCAACUUCACCGUGAUCUUCACCCGCCUGGGCAAGUGCUACACCUUCAACUCGGGGGGGCCGGGCCGGGAGGUGCUGACCACGCUGCAGGGCGGCGCGGGGAACGGCCUGGAGCUGAUGCUCAACGUCCAGCAAGAGGAAUACCUGCCCGUCUGGGGGGACACAGACGAGACCUCGUACGAGGCGGGGGUGAAGGUGCAGAUCCACAGCCAGGAAGAGCCCCCCUUCAUCGACCAGCUGGGCUUCGGCGUGGCGCCCGGCUUCCAGACCUUCGUGUCCUGCCAGCAGCAGCGGCUGGUGUACCUGCCCCCGCCCUGGGGGGACUGCAAGGCCACCCCCAUCGAGUCCGACUUCUUCACCAACUACAGCAUCACCGCCUGCCGCCUGGACUGCGAGACCCGCUACCUGGCCGAGAACUGCAACUGCCGCAUGGUGCACAUGCCGGGCAACGCCAACGUCUGCACCCCGGAGCAGUACAAGGAGUGUGCCGACCCCGCGCUGGACUUCCUGGUGAAGAAGGACAGCGAGUACUGCGCCUGCCGCACGCCCUGCGCCAUGGUGCGCUACGGCAAAGAGCUCUCCAUGGUGAAGAUCCCCAGCAAGGCCUCCGCCAGGUACCUGGCCAAGAAGUUCAACAAGACGGAGCAGUACAUCGCGGACAACGUGCUGGUCCUGGACAUCUUCUUUGAGGCCCUGAACUACGAGAUGAUCGAGCAGAAGAAGGCGUACGAGGUGGCGGGGCUGCUGGGUGACAUCGGGGGGCAGAUGGGGCUCUUCAUCGGCGCCAGCCUUCUCACCAUCCUGGAGAUCUUCGAUUACCUGUACGAGGUGUUCCGGGACAAACUCCUCAGCUUCUACAAGGAGAAGAAGAGGACCCCCAGGAGCGACAGCAGCACCCUGGAGCAUCCAGCGGUCCCGGGCAGCCCCGCUGUCCCGCUCCCUCCGGGGGCCAGAGCGCCCGUCCCCCCCUGCGCUGCCACACGGACAGUCUCAGCUUCGCCCCGAACGUGCUACCUCGUCACCCGGCUCUAGGCGCCUUCGAGGAAUUCGCCUGCUGAGGGGGCCCAGCCCCGCACCCCCCGGCUGGGCCGGGGGGGGGACACACACACACACACAGAGGCUGUGGGGCGGGGGGGGGGGUGGGGGUGCCACUGGCAGCAGACCCAGGCACCCCCCCCCAACUCUGCCCCGCCGGGAGCGGGGGACCCCACGGGCUGGCACCGGGCCCCGAGGUGCCCUGCUUUGGGCUACCCGCCCCCCCCACCGCCCCGCCGAGGGGGUGGGGGGGUGGUGGCGGGGGCUGGGGGUGGCGGGGCCCCCCCCGGCCCUGUUCCCGCGUACCUGCAUGCGCUGCUUGCGCCCGCGCCCCUCCCCGCUGCGCUGUACAUGCGACGCCCGCUCGCUGUGGACACCCCCCCGUCCCACCCCCCAACCCCAUUAAAGACCUGCCCCAGG